AUGGGUUCCGUAGCCACACCCAAGACCUUUACUCGCGAGCAGGUCAAGAAGGAGGGAAACACGGAGGACCAAGUGCUGUUCAUCAUCGACAGCAAAGUUUACGAUGUCUCCGACUUUCUCGAUGCCCACCCUGGAGGCGAGGCCGUGCUACGCCAAGUCGCUGGCACCGACGCCACCGAUGCCUUCUACAAUCUUCACCGUCAUGAAGUUUUGACGGGCAAGUACGCCGAGAUGGCCAUUGGGACCAUUGAAGGCGAGAAGCCCCAGGUGGUCAACCCCGGCCCGGGCGAGCUCUCAAAGGUCCCCUAUGCUGAGCCGCUAUGGUUGUCGGAGCCCUUCAAGAACCCGUACUACAAUGAUAGCCACCGGAGGCUGCAGAAGGCCAUCAGGAAGUUCACCGACUUGUACGUGACUCCCGAGGCACAGGCGAAGGAGAAGGAUGGCACCUACAUCAGCCAAGAGUUGAUCGAUCGCAUGUCCAAAGAAGGUGUUCUCCACAUGCGCCUUGGACCUGGCAAACACCUCAAGUCGGGUCCCCCGCUGCUAGGUGGCGUGGUCAAGCCGGAGGAAUUCGACUACUUCCAUGAUCUUAUCAUCGGCCAGGAACUGGUGCGGUCAUCGGCCAGAGGUUUCCAGGAUGGCAACAUGGCAGGGAUGACCAUCGGUCUGACCGCUGUUCUUAACUUUGCCAACGACGAGACCUUCAAGAAGAAGAUCGCAGACGAGGUGUUUAGCGGCAAGAAGAAGAUUUGCCUGGCCAUCACCGAGGCUUUCGCGGGUAGUGAUGUCGCACGCCUGCGGACAACUGCAAAGAAGACGCCCGACGGCAAGCACUACAUUGUGAACGGUACCAAGAAGUGGAUUACCAACGGCGUCUUCAGCGAUUACUUCGUCACGGGCGUGCAAACGGACAAGGGCCUGAGUGUGCUGCUCAUCGAGAGAGGCGAGGGCGUCGAGACCAAGCUGAUCAAGACGAGUUACUCUACUGCUGCCGGAACGACAUAUAUCACUUUCGACAAUGUCAAGGUGCCAGCGGAGAAUCUGCUUGGCAAGGAGAACCAGGGUAUCUAUGUGAUUUUGAGCAACUUCAACCACGAGCGCUGGACCAUGUGCUGCGGUACCGUUAGAUACUCACGAACCAUUGUCGAGGAAACCCUCAAGUGGGCACACCAGAGACUGGUCUUUGGCAAGCGUCUCAUCGACCAGCCGGUGAUUCGUCUCAAGUUGGCCAAGAUGAUUGCUCUUGUUGAAGCCCACCAGUCGUGGCUAGAAACCAUCACGUACCAAAUGUGCAACAUGCCGUACACUCAACAGGCUAAGUUCCUUGGAGGACCGAUUGGUCUGUUGAAGAUGAGCGUGACGCGGAUGGCUCACGAGAUUGCGGAUGAAUCAGUGCAGAUCUGGGGAGGUCGGGGUCUGACACAGUCAGGUAUGGGCCGUACUAUCGAGAACUUCAACCGGGGAUACAAGUUCGACGCAAUCCUUGGAGGUGCCGAAGAGGUCUUGGGUGAUCUCGGUGUCCGUCAGGCCAUGAAAUUUAUGCCCAAGGAAAAGCUGUAA